GAAGCGAAGGCGCAAUUGACUAAAGUCUCGUGUCUCAAUCAAAGAUAUUCUAGAAUUCCUCCUAAAACGGCUUCUCCCGCUAAUUAGCGGCGAUGUUAUCUUUCUUCGUGGUCGUCUUUACGUUGCUGCACAUUCAGAGUCACGCGUCGCGACUCCCCGAACGACGAAGCCACCUUUACCCAAGAGCACCGUCUUCAAAUUGCGAUGUGUAUGUUGUCUCUGGCCAGGACACUAAAUUCGAGAACUAUGCGUUCACCGACUUUCGCUCACUGAGCAACUACAGUAUCAGCGAGCCGCCCUCGGUUACGGACGCGGAUAAUCAGGGCGAGGAGAAUAUUACCUCACCAUACUUCGCUCAGCCACCAUUCUCGGACCAGUGGACGAUUCGACGCGGCAUCAGAAAUGCAGAGUCGGACGUCCCAAUGAUCUACUCGGCCAGCAAUGCGUAUAUCUCCAAGGACCCUUCGGACAGCUCUCAGACAUACUUGACGCUGCGCACUACUCGAGUACAAGACUUUCAGAGCGUCGUCCAGCUCGUCAGCAAUCCAAAACUCUUGCACGCGAGCAUGCGGACGCGAAUGAAGAUACUUCCAGAUGGCAAAGACAGGGACGGAGUUGCCAAAGGUGCGGUGGUUGGCUUCUUCACCUACGAGGCUGAUACCCAGGAGACCGACAUCGAGAUUCUCACCCAAGAUCCGUCAACUACUGUCGAACUCUCAACCCAGCCCGCAUCUUCAGAUACUCCGGGAGCAGAUGCCAGUGUCAAGAUCCCAAAUGGAAAGAAGUGGACAGAUUGGGUCGAUUAUCGACUUGACUGGUUUGCAGGCAAGAACGUUUGGUAUAUGGACGGCGAAAUGAUGUACAAUACCACCAAAAGUGUUCCCACCGUGCCGAGCAACCUCAUGUUCAACCUGUGGAGUAAUGGUCAGUCGUUCUCCGGCAAGAUGCGUGUUGGGAGAGAGGUGUAUGUUGCCGUACAGUGGAUUGAGAUUGCGUACAAUCUGGAUGGUCAAGGCCAGAGCUCGAACGGGACCAGCGGCCAGACCCAAUGCUCGGUGGAUUCGGGCAAAACAAAGGGUUCUCCGGAAGUGAUAAAGAACUCCAGUGCCAAGCGCAGCGCGGUAAGCAGGGUCCUGAAGAUAGCCAACAGCAUCGUGUUCGCUUUGAUCGCUUGGUAUUGUAUCUGACAUUUUGGAAUAGUCGUUCUCCAUUUAUUGACAUGAUUGUUGCAUUGAUAGACGGAAAAGCAAUGUACUUGUACUGGUUGUACGUGUUUCUUAUCGUGCCUGGAGGGCACGGAACAAGAUUGUUAUAGAUUGUUGAACUCUUAAGAAUCAUUAUUGAUCAUAGACCGUACGAUAUCAUGACUUCUAUAGUGACGCAAAAUGGUAAAGGUUCUAAUGGAAUAUACUUGAAGUA